AUGAUGAAGGUCCUUGACAAGCCAGCAUCCUUGGCUAAUAUUCUGCCGCCCGUCAUUCUGGGGGGUGCUGGGUUCAGUUAUCAGGUAUAUCCUGACCCAAAUAUCUCUCAGGUCCGACAAGUCUUACAACAUGCGUUCGAUCUCGGCAUGCGUGCUAUUGAUACUUCAUCAUAUUAUGAGCCGUCAGAGCAGUUAUUAGGCCAAGCAUUGAGCGAGUCGGUUUUCUCAAAGCGGUACCCUCGGGACAAAUAUAUUCUUAUGACAAAAGUUGGUCGUAUUGCGCCAGACAGGUUUGAUUACUCGCCGUCUUGGGUCCAGUUCUCAGUGAAUCGUUCGCUAGAAAGGUUGCACACGUCUUACCUGGACGUCGUCUUUUGUCAUGAUAUCGAGUAUGUGACUGAGGAGGCUGCACUUGAGGCGAUAGGCGCUCUCCUAGAGAUGGUCCGCGAGGGGAAAGUACGUUAUAUUGGAGCUUCUAGCUAUAGGAUCGACUUGCUAUUGCGACUUGCAAGGAGUGUACUAGAACGUUAUGACCGACCACUGGAUGUGGUACAAAACUGGGCGCAGAUGACAUUGCAAAACAAUCGACUCGAAACCGACGGCCUUGCUGGUUUCAGGGACUUGGGCGUUUCUUGUGUUUGCAAUGCUAGUCCCCUUACCUUGGGUCUGUUGCGAUCUGGUGGAGUCCCUGUUGGAAGCUUGGGAGAUUUUCACCCGGCGCCGGCUGGGUUACGGGCUGCUGCACAUCGUGCUGCUGAGUAUGUAACGAUACAAGGAAAGAGUUUAGCUGCUCUCGCUCUACGAUAUGCGAUUUGGCGGGCACAUGUCGCGUCUUCUACGAGUGACUUCCAGGUGAGCACGAUAACGGGCAUCAGUUCUAUCAAUGAAUUGGUCGAGAACAUGUCAGCGGUCAAUCAAAUCCUUCAAUCACCCCUCCGAUGCUAUGAUGGAUCGCCCAUCAACUUGGAUCAGGUGGAAAGGGAUAUACCGCUAUGGAACAAGAUUCAGGAUAUAUUGGGGACCUGGCUGAACUUCAGUUUCACAAGCCCUGAGGAAAACUGGGACGUGGAGCAACAGAGAAUGAUCAAGCCCAAAUUAUAA